AUGGCUUCAAUGACUCCACCCUAUCAACCGCCGUCAGUUUCCAUGUACCAACCCCUAGUUUUAUCUCCAAGGUGCAGUACCGAAUCCGAUGACUCUACGCGCGUAUGCGAACGCGGUCCAUGCGUAUCGGAGUCGCUAUCGGCGACGGGGGAAGAGAUCGAUUAUGGCGCGCAAACACCGGACAUAGCAUGUAAGGACUGCCCCGACGAGACUCUGGUCGUACAGCAGUUUCGGUCAAGCCGGCGGGCCUCCGCUCCUUCCUUCUUGAAACCGUUUCAGAGGCUCAUGAGAAAACGACCUGAAUUGAGCAUCCCGCGAGAUCUCGCUUCUAUCACAACGACGCAUGCGCAGCGCGGCUCCUACACAUCGGACGCUCCCCAAAAAGAUAGAUCUGCAGCGAACCAGUACUACAGCAAACUCCUCCAUGGAAUCUCUAACCCCUUCAAAGAGACGAUGAUGAAGGAUCUUGUAGAAUAUCUCUCUGAUUCUACACCGAUCUGUGGGGAUAUGGAGGACUUCUGCAAAAUGGCCAUGUGCAUCAUAUAUAUCCUGAGGAAUUCGCGGCAUGAAAAGGAUAGAGAGAGAGCGGUCGAUGCAUUAGAGACAUACCUUAAGGAUCUUAUAGAUACCAAAUUCCCUGAUCCCAUCUUGAUCCUGUGGUGGUUGAUGGCAGAUGUUGAGGUUCAUUGGGUUAUGGUGACCAAGCAGAUGCAUCUGAGCUCGAAUAAGCAUCAGGUCGAUUGA